AUGGGGAACGACGCCGGAGGAAGGGAACACGAGGAGCAGCCAUCCAAGAAGGAAAAGAGGCACGAAGCGAAGCAUGGCAACAAGAAGAAGAGGAAGAGGGCCGGAGCGUGCCUCGUGGCGGAGGGCUAUGACGAGGUGCUCACCUUUCUCGGCACGCUCAUCAACGAGUUCAAGCCGACCCACGUCAAGUUCCCCUCUGCCAUCCUCAUCGGCUCGCGAGCCGCCUACUACUGGGAUCCCGACACGAUGCGGACGCCGGACGAUUGGAACCUGGUCAUCCUGCCGUGGGCACUCGAGAACUGGCUGGCCAUCAACCACAUCACCAUGACGAAGCCCGAGAGCAAACUGAAGCUGUACGAGUACGUGCUGCCCAACCCCCGACUGCCCGAGGCGGCGCUGCCCAAGCGACCACCCGGGCAGCCCCACACCCUGGCCAAGACGUGGCGGGUGGACUGCGUGAUCGACCAGCAGGUGCUCCACUUCGAUCUGUGCGCCAAGUACCUCUACGACCGUGCCGUACAAAUGCAACCGUCCAGCAACUGCCUCCUGUUCGACCUGGUGGCCAACUUUUUGAUUUCGCACAAGGAACGCAUAACGGCGGUGAAGCCGUUCCCCGGCGGGGGCAGGGCGAUGGUGGCGCCCUUGGAGCUCUUGGAGGCCAUCAAGCGGUCGCACAUCCAUUGGCCCGGGGACUCCUGGCACAAGCACGUUCACGACCUCCACGCCCUGCGAAAGAAGCUCGAACAGAAGGCCGGGGCCAAAUUUGACGAGAGCCAGAGGUCGGAGGAGACUCUCGAGUUCCUCCAGCGGCGGUACCGAGAAACCGAAGAGAGGAUGGGCGUGCCCGGCAUGCAUCUCGAUUUUGACACCAGCACCUCCCGUUCUGGCCGGGAGUUUUCGCACCAGCACCAAGCCUACCAUCGGGUGGUGGCCCGCGGCGAACUCCCAGUCUACGAAGAGCUCCAGAGAAAUCACGUGUUGUCGAUGGACGUGUUCAACAAUCUGCGACACGAGUCAAAGCUCAAGCUCAUCCGCGAGGAGGUGAUGACCCUCGCUUUGGAGCGACGUCUCGCCCCCAACGACACCUCCGCGGCCGAAUCAGCCUUUGCCGAUGCCUUGGAGAUGUUCUGCACGGUGUUGACGAGGGGCAAGCUGCGCGACUUUGCGCUGGACCACUACCCCGAGCUCGAGCGCGCCAAGUCCGACUUUGUCGCCCUCUGCGAAGAGGAGGCCAGCCGCAAGCCCGGUUUCGUGGACGGCGACGCCGGCGACAUGCCCCCUACGAUGGCCGACGCUCACCAAAGCCUCCAGAACGCCGUGGCGACGUGUCCCGUGCUCAACCUGCCCGACCAUGCCCCGCCGGAGGUGCUGGGUGCACCAGUCCUGUGA